GGACCGAUUUGUCCGAAUCAUAAAGAGAACUUUUUAUUUUUUGUUUUUUUGAGUUCAUUAACAAUAAAAUAAAAUCAUACUUUUUGAAAACGUUGAUUAUUGCACAAAUUCGUUUUUGGUCUCAGAGAGAGAGAGAGAGAGAGGUAAAGCCAAUGGCCGGAGAAGGAUCGGCUGCGACGUCGUCGUUAUCGGAGGAGGAGCUUACGCUGACGGUGAAAUGGAGCGGCAAAGAGUAUACUGUCCGAGUUUGUGGCGACGACUCGGUGGGCGAGUUGAAACGCCGAAUCUGCCAACUCACCAACGUCUUGCCCAAACGCCAGAAGCUUCUUUACCCAAAACUCAUCGCUUCAAAGCUCGCCGAUGACUCGGUCUUGCUCUCGCAUGUCCCUCUCAAAUCCUCUCUCAAAAUGACCAUGAUCGGAACUGUGGAAGAUGAAAUAAUAGUGGACCAAGUGGAGUCUCCGGAAAUUGUUGAUGAUUUUGAGCUUGGACAAGAUGAAGCUGUCGAUAUCAAAGAUAAAGAAGUUAACAAACAGAAGUUGAGGAGGCGCAUAGAUCAGUGCAAGAUUGAGCUUCGGAAUCCAUGCCGUGAGGGGAAGAAACUGCUUGUUCUGGAUAUUGAUUAUACUCUAUUUGAUCACCGGUCUACAGCAGAAAAUCCUCUUGAACUUAUGCGGCCUUAUCUUCAUGAGUUUCUCACGGCUGCUUAUGCAGAGUAUGAUAUCAUGAUAUGGUCUGCAACCAGCAUGAAGUGGGUUGAAUUGAAAAUGGGACAGCUCGGAGUACUCAACAAUCCUAACUACAAAAUCACGGCACUUCUAGACCACUUAGCAAUGAUUACAGUCCAAUCAGAUACUCGUGGGAUCUUCGAUUGCAAGCCGCUAGGCUUGAUUUGGGCUCAUUUUCCAGAGUUUUACAGUUUGAAAAAUACUAUUAUGUUUGAUGAUCUGAGAAGAAAUUUUGUGAUGAACCCUCAAAAUGGCUUGACAAUCAAGCCAUUCAAGAAGGCUCACUCAAGCCGUGGCAGCGAUCAGGAGCUCGUGAAGCUCACUCAAUAUUUACUUGCCAUUGCGGAGCUUGAUGACUUGUCUGCCCUAGAUCAUAGUCAUUGGCAGUCAUUUACUGAGGACAGUGUGAAAAGACGUAGGCAUGCAUGAAUGAGCAAUGUUAAGACCUUUGGAAGUCUCAUUUUCUUGCUGAUAUCCACUUUUGAAGUUAUUUAUUUAUUUAUGUCGUUUUGUCCAAUUCUAGUGCAUAUCUGCCAAACUACUCACUGUUUUUACCCUCUAUGAAUCCAAAAAAAAAAAAAAGAAGAAAAGCAAGAACUUAUCAUUAUACGUAGGCUCCAGUUGUAAAGGAGUAUCCGUGUGGAGAUGGAAAUGUGAUAUUGGGAAGUAUUUGUGAAA